UUCUUCUGCCACCCCCUCCCCGAGACGAGAGCAGAUGAGAUAAGCUCCCCUGCUUCCUCUGCGCUCCUCCCUUCACCUUAUCACCACCAUGCUCUCCGUCUCCCACCCCCACCCGGCGGCCUCUACCGGCCCGCGCCACCGCAAGCCCCUCUCCACCGCCCACCACCGCCGGCGUCGAUGCACCUACACCAUCGCCGCACUCAUCCUCCCCGGAGGCGGUGGACCCCGGGGCAGCCCCCCGAACGGCGGCAAGCUCAUCCUCCCCGGCAGCGGUGGCGGCGGCGGCCGCGGCGGGGGCGGCGGCGGUGGAAUGCUCCCCCGCACCCCGCCACCGACGGCCCCGCCAGGCCAGCUCUACCAGCCCUUCCACCCGCCGCCGUCCCCCCUGCCCGAGAACUACCGCAACCUCGACCUCACUGAGCGCCUCGCCGUGCUCCGCGACCGCAUGGGCCGCUGGUACGAGUACGCGCCCCUCAUCUCCUCCCUCUCCCGCGAGGGCUUCACCCCGGCAUCCAUCGAGGAAGCUACCGGCAUGUCCGGCGUCGAGCAGAACCGCCUCGUCGUCGCCUCCCAGGUCCGCGACUCCCUCAUCUCCGACGACUUCCCCGAUGAUCUCCUACACUACUUCGACUCCUACGGCGGGCCGGACCUCCUGUACGAGCUCCGCUUCCUCAACGCCCGCCAGCGCAUCGUCGCCACCAAGCACACCAUCGAGAGGCGCCUCGAGUCCAAGGGCGUGCGCGAGCUCGCGCGCUCCAUGAAGGACUUCCCGCAGCGCCGCGGCGACGAAGGGUGGGACGCCUUCGACAGGCACUCCGCCGGCGACUGCCUCGCGUACGCGCGCUUCCGGCUGUCGCGGGAGGCCAUCGCCAACGAGGACCGCAUCCCCGAGCUGGAGCGCUCGCUGGACGUGGUCGAGACCGAGUCGGCCAGGGCGCGGGUGGAGCUCGAGAUGGAGAGGGCCAUCAAGAAGGCCGCCGGAGAGGAAGUGGAGGAGCUCGAGGCCAAAGUCGACGCACGGCCCGCGGUGCCGGUGGUGCGGCUCAUGUACGGCGAGAUCUCCGAGGCGUCCAUCGUGCUGCUGCUGCCGGUGGUGAAAGAAACGGACGGCGUCCAGGCAGUGGACCUCGCCCCGAGGAGGAGCCAGACGGACGCGGACCUCGGCAUCGUGGAGGUGGACAAGGGGUGGGCGCGCUGGGCGGUGCUGCCGGGCUGGGCCCCGGUCAUGGCGGUGGCUGACGAGGCGGUGGUGAUCGAGUUGGCGGACGGGCGGGUGCUGCCGUGGCGGUCGGCGGAGAACGAGAGAGUGCUGGUGGUGGCCGACCGGAAACGGAAGGAGGUGGUGGAUGAGGGGAUAUACGUGCUGGAGAAGGGAGGGAAGCUGGUGGUGGAGAGGGGCAAUAAGCUGUUGGAGGAAGGAAUUAGCCAGGCCGCCGCGGAGGUGGUGACCGUCGUCCGGCCACCCAAAGACGAGGAAGACAUCAUCGUCGGCGAUGAGUGGGACUAAAGAGUUUUAGAGAGGGUUUUUGGCACAUGCUUUCGUUUUCGUUUUCGUUUGGUAAAAAGUUUCCCCGCUUCUCUUCACAGCAGUACAUGAAUAAGAGAAUGCAAUUUUCCUUGUU